AUUAGCUUUGACAGCCGAUUAUAGGGAUCAGUUCGUAUAUACAACUUUAGCAAAGUGUUUAUUGAAUAAAUGUAAUAGUAUAUUGGAUUCAUAUAAAAUGUACCGAAUACUCGAUAGAACUAUUAAAACUCAUGGUAUUCAAAGGAUUCGAUUUACUAAAGCAAAUUCUUUGGUAACAUUUAUAAAACCAGAAUUGGAGGAGAUAAAAGCAGCUGGUACUUGGAAAAGUGAAAGAAUAAUUACAUCACCUCAAAGAACAAGAAUUGUAUUAGCGAGCGGACAAAAAGUGUUAAAUUUUUGUGCAAACAAUUACCUAGGUUUAGCGGAUAACAAAGAAAUCAUUACCGCAGCUAAGGUCGCUUUAGAUAAAUAUGGAGCUGGUUUGAGUUCUGUUAGAUUCAUAUGUGGAACGCAAGACUUGCAUAUCGAAUUAGAAAAGAAAAUAGCAGCUUUUCAUUGUAGAGAAGCAGCAAUUCUUUAUGCAUCUUGUUUUGAUGCAAACGCUGGUCUCUUUGAAGCUCUACUUACACCAGACGAUGCAGUGUUCAGCGAUGAGCUUAAUCAUGCCUCGAUCAUUGAUGGUAUUCGAUUAUGCAAGGCUAAAAAAUACAGAUAUAAACAUAGAGAUAUGGCUGACUUAGAAAGACAACUUAAGGAAAGCUCCACGUCGCGUUUACGAAUUAUCGCGACUGACGGAGUCUUUUCGAUGGAUGGUACUAUUGCUCCAUUGCCAGAUAUAAUCGAUCUUGCAAAGAAGUAUAAUGCUUUUACAUUUGUAGAUGAUUGUCAUGCAACCGGAUUUUUUGGAAAAACUGGUAGAGGGACUGAAGAAUAUUUCAAUCAUUUAGGUAGUAUAGACAUUAUUAAUUCUACUUUAGGAAAAGCCUUAGGUGGAGCAGCAGGUGGAUACACAGUCAGUAAGCAAGAACUGAUUGAUUUGUUAAGACAACGCAGUAGACCAUAUUUGUUUUCAAACUCUUUGCCACCACCUGUUGUAGCAACAGCUAAUAAAGUGAUGGAUCUAAUAUCAUCUGAUACAACAUUUUUGAAAAAUGUAGUGAGCAAUACAGAACAUUUUAGAAAAUCAAUGACUGCUGCUGGAUUUACAAUCAAUGGUAAUAGUCACCCCAUUUGUCCAGUUAUGCUGGGAAAUGCGAAAUUAGCUUCAACUUUUGCUGAUGAAAUGAUUGGAAAAGGAAUUUAUGUAAUUGGCUUCAGUUAUCCUGUUGUACCAAAAGACAAAGCAAGAAUAAGAGUUCAAAUAAGUGCAGCACACACUAAAGAAGAUAUAGACAAAGCUAUAUAUGCAUUUAUACAUAUUGGAAAAAAAUUAUCUGUUAUAUAAUAAUAUAUUAAUUACCUUUUUCCAGCAUAAAAAAACUAAUAUUAAUCAAAUAUUCUUAAUUAUAUGAAAAUAAAAUCAGACUCAAUUAUGAUUUUGUGCAUUAAACAUAUUUAACAUACCAACAUUGUUAUUAUAAAGAUAUAAAUUAAACUGACAAAAAUAAAAAACGAUUAUUAAUCAUAACAAUAUGAUAUGAUAAAUGUGAAUAUGUUUUAUGCAAUUAAAAUUUUUUAUAUAAAGAUUUGUUAGCGCGUUUUUGAAUAUUUGCGUGAAGUAUUUUGAGCAGAUAGUCGACGAUAUUAUAUAACUAUUCGAACUAUUUGUCUCUUAAAAAUAAUAUAUUUAUAAUUAAUAGAUUAUUUUGUAUAAAAUGUAUACAUUCAAUAUAGGAGAUCACGCAAAUAAUAGAAAAUGCAUAAAAAUUUUUAUCUAUCAGUAAUCUACUACGUUUUUAUGUAGAUUUAGAAAAAGCAAUAGAGAA